AGACGUCUGAUUGAUUAAUGAUCUCAGGCUGUGGAAGGGGGGAAAAAAAUCUAAAAAUAUAUUUCCGAAAAAGAGGGGGAAACAAUUUAAGUGUGAUACAAAAAGUGAACUCAAGACGCCAUGGCCCGUACCAAGCAGACUGCCCGUAAAUCUACAGGAGGUAAGGCCCCUCGUAAGCAGCUGGCCACCAAAGCUGCCCGCAAGAGUGCCCCUUCUACUGGCGGCGUGAAGAAGCCCCAUCGCUACAGGCCUGGAACUGUGGCUCUGCGUGAGAUCCGUCGGUACCAGAAGUCCACUGAGCUGCUGAUCCGCAAGCUGCCCUUCCAGCGCCUGGUGAGGGAGAUCGCCCAGGACUUCAAGACAGACCUGCGUUUCCAGAGUGCAGCCAUUGGAGCUCUGCAGGAGGCCAGUGAGGCAUAUUUGGUGGGCCUGUUUGAAGACACCAACCUGUGCGCCAUCCAUGCCAAGCGCGUCACCAUCAUGCCCAAAGACAUCCAGUUGGCACGCCGCAUCCGCGGGGAGCGCGCUUAAGCACCUCUCCCCCUCCCUUCUCCCUGUUUCCUACCUUCCUCUCCUUUGACCAGUCCGUCUGUCCCUCCCUCUCUUCUUUCAUAAGUAUUUUCUAGAGUAACAAUGAUUAUGGAAAAAUAAUUAAAUGUGUAGUCUUGUCUCUUGUAGUGCUCUUGCCAGCAAAGUUUUAGGGUACUCUUUUUGUGGAUGUAUUAGGUUAUUACACAUCACACAUACCCACUUAGAGAAAAGGGUCAACGUAUGACUUAUUCCGUGUGCUAGUCCAAGUACUGGAGUCUCUGUAUAGUGUGGACAUGCUCUUUGGCUAUGCACGAAUGUCUCAAAUCCGAACAUGGCCCUAAGGCAUCAACGUGACUUUUUUUUAAAUUUUUUAUUAUUUCUUCUUUAUUUCCUUUUUUGUAUUCAUAACAGGGCAGACAUUUGUGCAGGAAAAGAUGGAUUGGAUUGGCGACAUCAGAUAGUUUGUUGCUGGGCUAGGAGGGUUUGAAGUGGGAGGAAACUAGUUCCUUCUCAGGGUGCUGGAAACCCAAAAGGCUGUUGAUGACGCUGAAACAGAUCUGACCCAGAUCUGUUUCCAGUCUCUGUUGCUUUCUGGGAAAAAUAGUCCUUUAUGCCCAACACAAACGAAGACUAGGAGACGCGUGUUUGUCUACUGAUCACUUCGGGUGAGCUUGUUUGGUUUUUGUUUUAAAUGAAGUGCUUUAUUACUCUUUGGUAUCAUUGUUUGGUAUGUUUUGUCUUUUUGUUUUCUCCUUCCUCCUGCAUUUAUAAAUCCUAUGACAUGCAAGGUGUUCCUUUUUAACCAUAAGAACAUUUAUAUGUAUGGAAACAACUGCAAACUGUACUUUAUAUUGUGAAAGGGAAUGAUUUUUAAUCACCUUUUGUAGUAGAUUUUGUUGAAAAUAAUAAAAGCAUCAGUACAAGAUUCUUCAUCCUUAUAUGUAGCAGUGGUGAGUUCACAAAAAGUUUUACACCUAAUGGCUACUCGAUUAUCUUCCCUUGUAUCCAGAUUACAAGUAUUGGUAUUUCGUCUCAGGUUGGUUUGAAACCUUAUCUUGUUAUUUUUUUAACUGUUUACUUUUUUUAAGUUGUCAUUAAAAUUGUAAUAUUCCAGUGUUUCAUGCAGAUGGGAUAAUAAAUUAAUGUUACUCAA